AUGAGUUGGCUCAAGAUUCCCUUGGCAUCGUCGUUGUUUCGCGGCCGAGCUGCGCGCGAAGCCGAAGCAGUCAACACCGCCGCCGCCGCCGCCGCAAUGCCGAGCGCGGCCGAACCCGUUGUUUUAAUCGUCGGAGCGGGACUUACGGGGCUCCUUGCAGCACAGGGCUUGAAGCAGAACGGCUUCAGGGCCAUCGUGGUCGAGAAGGAGGAGGGCAUCGAUGCGCGGCCGCGGGAGUGGACGAUGCUGGUGCACUGGGCCAUGCCCAUCCUGCGGCGCUUGGUCCCCGAGGAGGUGCUCCGGGACCUGGACGGUGCGUUGUGCAAUUCGCAUCUGGAGUUUGACGCCGAGGUCGAGACGCUCCCGUGCUAUAACGGGGUCACGGGGGAUCUCCUCUUCAGCAGCCCGACACCCGGGGCGCGACGGGUGAGCCGGAGACGCCUGCGCGCGCUUCUCGCCCGGGGAAUCGAUGUCCGAUGGGGAAUGUGCUUGAAGAACAUUGCCCAGACAGACAAGGGCGUCAAGGCAGAGUUCGAGGACGGGACGGCAGUUGACGCUGACUAUCUCCUCGGGACCGACGGGACGUCGUCAAAGGUCAGGGAAGUUCUGCUGGGAGCGGACAAAGCGCGGGCCCAAGGGUCUGGAUUCCUAUUUGCGACGGGCAUCAACCGGUAUGACGAGGCGUACAAGACGGAUGCCAUUGUGCGAAAGCAUCCGGUAGCGGCUCUGAUGAUGGGCACCGGCUCCGUGGGGGGCAUCGGCGUUGUCUCUGCCGAGGACGCCUCGGACAAGUCGACAUGGACAACGUUUUGGGUCAAGAUAUGGCGCGGCGAGGCGGUUGAACUGGGAGGACAGGAAGCGCUCGACUACAUCAGCAAGCACACGGCGCCUCUGCGAGAUGAGUUCCAGAUGGCGAUAGACUGGACCGAGGACGAUGCGUAUGUCGGCGUAAACGAGAUGAAGUACUGGGUUCCGGUCGGGUGGGACAACCAUGAUGGGCGGGUGACGCUGGCGGGAGACGCGGCGCAUCCGAUGCUGAUUUACCGCGGACAAGGCUUCCAACACUCCAUCACGGAUGUGGAGAAUUACAUCAAUGCGCUGGUGCAGCUGCAUGUUGCUCCCGGGGAUGGGGGGAAGGGCAAGGGGAAGGUGACGGGGGAGGCAGGGCGGGCAGAGGUGAUGGGGGCAUACGAUGAUGAGGUGGUGAAGCGAGGGGCCGAAGCGGUGCAGCAGUCACUGUGCGAGGCGGAAAAGUCACUGGAUAUCGGUACGGUGAAGCAGAUGUUGAUGGCGACCAAGGGGCAUGGGAGGUAG